AACAUUUUGUGCGCUGCCAGCCGCCGUCUGUUUGUUUACGUCACGGGGAAGAUGGCGGAGCAGCUGGAGCGAGUCAGGAUCUCAGCGGCAGAGCUUCGUGGUUCGCCGUCUGUAGGUAACGAAGAACGGACAGACACUGCAAAGAGUUGUGCAGAAAGGCGUCUUCGGCAAGACCGGAAGCGUCCAGACUUACAACUGUAUCAGCCAGGGUUGUCCCGUCUAAGGCAGCGGCGAGAAACAUCUGGAAGUAGUGAAGGUGAUGCUAUUCACGUGGAGGACUUGAGUAAAGAGCAAGAGUCUGUUGGUAAUACACCUGUGAUAGAAAAUUCCAGUACUUCUGUUUUAGAAAAUGACUUUGCAUAUCAAAAACAAACUCGUAGAAACCGCAAACCGGAUCGUCAAAUAUACCAGCCAAGUGGUCGUAGACUACAGCAAACAAGUUCUACUAAUAAGUUAGUGACUGCAAGUGAUGAUGUAAAAGUUAAUGAGCAUACUGUAAUUGAGAAAGAGAUUAAAGCUGAAAACAUGAUACUCCAAGAACCAUCACCUAUCAAGGUUCCAGAUUCCAAAAACAAUGUGAAGGGAUCUAAGAAAUGUGAGUCAGUCAGGACUUUAGUGAAAGAAGCACAGACUUUGAGCAUUUCUGAGGAUAAUCAAUUGAUUUUGAGAAAGGGCAAACAUGGAAAGCAUUUAGUUGAGAGCUGUGAGGAAAAAAGACAAAAUAAGCAUGAUAACAGGAGGCAUGUUAUAGUUCCAAAAGAUGAGAUAAAGGAUGUUGGCCGAAAGAAAAGUGAAAAAGAUAAUAAAGGAUCAGAAAUACAGAAAGAAAGUGGGAGGAUGUUUGAAACUGAUGAAGUAACACAUCCUAACAAAAAUGAAGACUAUCAGCACUUUCCAGUAAAGACCAAUGCCUCAUCCAAGCGCUAUUCUAGGUCAGAUAAGCGUCGCAACCACAAUCGAACAUGCAGUACUAGCUCAGAUAGUAGUGGUACCAGCUUUGAUGGAUUAGCUAAUGGCUCUGGCAGUACUGCUACAGGUGAAAAGAGGAAAAAGCCGCACACGCAAAGUUAUUCGGAAGUUUUUCGCAGUAGAGACCAAGAAAAGUCCAGAGGUUACAGAGAGAAGGCUAGUGUUUCCUCAACUGAUUCACUUGAAGAAUUUGUAGGGAGAGAGCAGAAAGACUACAGCCUAGAAAGACACUCUAACAACAGAAUGAGAAGAAAAAAUAAUGAUGAUAAAGAGAGUGGUGUCCUGAAAAUUGCUUUAGAGCGAGGAAGUGGCUUGCAUUCAGUAAACUCCAGUUGUCUUCUGAAAAAAAGUCUCAGUUCCAAAGGCAAAGGGGGAGGAAUACUGGUGCUUCCUGUUCACACGGACCUCACUGUAUCUGUCAACCCAGGUUCACGUCUUAUUGGAACUAGGGGGUCUAGGGAACGAGGAAGAGGUGGAGCUACUAGAAGAUUGUGGGAUCCAAAUAAUCCUGACGAGAAGCCAGCCUUAUCACAGGUGGGCCAUUGCUAUAGUUUACAGCAACAGCAGGCUCUACAUUCACAACAACAACUGCACUUUCUUGAUACAGAUGAUGAAACAACUGGAAGCCCUCCUAGUCAACAGGGGGAUGUGUUUCAAAAUUUCUCCAGCACUCAGCAAACUAUGAGUGCUGUUACUUCUGGCAACUACAAAUUUCAAAACUCUGAUAACCCUUAUUAUUAUCAGCCAGGUGUUCCCCGUUACCCAUACCAUUAUUUACCUUAUGGCGUACCUGGAACUAAUGGCUUGUACCCCUCCACUCCUCCAAGCUAUUAUCCUGGGUACCUUCAUCUUUCACUCCAGCAAGGCUAUCUCCCAACCCCUGUCUCCCCCGAGGAGGCAGAAGUUCAGGCUCGUGGUCUACAACAGCAAGAACUCGGUAAAUUGUUGAGAUUAGCUGAUAACCAAGAAGUGCAGCUUAGUAAUCUACUAUCCCGUGACCGCCUCAGUACAGAAGGACUAGAAAGAAUGUCGCAGAUCAGGGCAGAGCUUUUGGCUCUGUAUGAAAAAGUUAUCCUCAGUGAUAUUGAGUAUUCUGAUGCUCAGAAUCUGGACCAGAUCCUGUGGAAGAAUAUUUUUUACCAGGUAAUUGAAAAAUUCCGUCAGCUUCUGAAGGAUCCAGCUUCUGAUACCAACCAACAAAUUCGAGAAAUGUUGCUGCAUGUACUUGAUGAGGGUGCUAUGUUCUUUGACUCUCUUCUGAAGAAGCUCCAAGCCACAUUUCAGUUCAAGUUGGAUGACUACAUGGAUGGGAUGGCCAUCCGCAGCCGUCCACUGCGGAAGACGGUGAAAUUUGCACUUAUCAGUGCUCAGAGAUGUAUGAUUUGCCUGGGGGACAUUGCAAGGUACCGGGAGCAGACAAGUGACACUGCAAACUAUGGAAAAGCACGCAGUUGGUACCUCAAGGCACAGCAGAUUGCUCCAAAAAAUGGACGUCCAUACAAUCAGCUUGCAUUGUUAGCAGUGUACACGAAGCGAAAACUUGAUGCUGUAUAUUACUAUAUGCGGAGCCUAGCAGCUAGUAACCCAAUCUUAACAGCCAAGGAAAGCUUGAUGAGCCUGUUUGAAGAGACCAAGCGCAAGGCUGACCAGCUGGAGCGUCGGCGACAGCAACAGGUGCUUCAGGAUAGAGAAGAAGUUUCUGGUUUCAAACUUGGACUCUGGAGUCGGGGUUCAGGAGGCUCAGGAGUGAGGUCAUCUCUUGGACACUUUGGAGAUGAAACAGCCCGUGUGGAGAUCUGGGUGCGGCCUAAGGGCAGGAGGAAAAGUCAGUCCACAAAAGGAGUAGAAUGCACUAGGGAGCUGGAACAAGACAAAGAUUUUGGGUAUUUGACACCAAGUGAGCUCAAUAAACGAUUCAUCUUGAACUUUCUCCAUGCUCAUGGCAAGCUCUUCACAAAGAUUGGAAUGGAGUCAUUUCCAACAGUGGCAUCCCAAGUCUUACAAGAGUUCUAUGCCUUACUGAGACAAAGCCCUUGCCCAAUUGGUAGCACACGCAUGCUGCAGUUGACCACAAUCAAUAUGUUUGCUGUGCACAACUCUCAAAAUCGAGAUGACAGCUGUGAAAAUCGGUCUCUGAUUCACGAGCAGUCUAUCGCCUUGGGGCUAGCCAUGUUUGCUUUGCUGGUUGAACGCUGCACUGAACUGCUAAGAGAGACACGGAAAGCUUCCACUACAACUGGCAAUGAGAAUUACAUUGAGGAAGAUGAUGGUGACAUUAAAGUGUCGAGUUUUAUCCCAGACCUGAGAGAGUUGUUGCCGAGUGUCAAGGUCUGGUCUGACUGGAUGUUGGGUCACCCAGGCCAGUGGAAUCCACCACCUUGCAGUCUUGUUUUACCACAUGGGUGGACACUGAACGUAUGGCAGACCUUGGCAGAGUUCUGCAACAUUCUUACAGGAGUGAACCAGUGUGAAGUGCCUCUGUACAAGGACUCAGAUGAUGAUUUAUGUUUACUAAUUCUUGAUGAAGAUCGUCUGCUGUCUGGGUUUAUACCACUGCUUGGUGCACCCCAAGAUCCUUGUUAUGUGGAGAAGACAUCUGAUAAGAUCAUCGCUGCAGACUGCAAGAGGGUCACAGUCCUCAAGUAUUUCCUGGAAGCGCUGUGUGGACAAGAGGAGCCUCUGCUGGCAUUCAAGGGUGGAAAAUAUGUGUCGAUGGCAGCCGUCCCAGACACCAUGGGAAAGGAAACAGGAAGUCGAGAGGAAAAACAAACGGACAAUCAGGAGGAUGAUGUGCUUAUUGAAGCUUUGGAGGAAUCAUCUGAACCAGAUGCCAGUGGCAGUGAGGAUGAUUUACGUGAGUUAAGAGCACGUAAGAAUGCACUUACCAGGAAAGUUGCAGAACAGAGGAGAAGACAUGAUAAAAUUCAGGAGGUGUUGCAAACCUGUAGGCAGCUAGAGAUUGAGAUCACUCCUGUCUUCCUGGUUCCAGACACUAAUGGUUUUAUUGAUCACCUCUCUGGCCUAGCUACCCUUCUGAGUUGUGGACAUUAUAUCUUGGUUGUGCCACUUGUAGUGAUCACUGAGCUCGAUGGGUUGGUGAAAGGCCAGGAAACGGAGUACCGCACAGGAAGUCAUGCCCGCCAGGUACAGGAACGAGCACGCAAGGCGGUCCACUUCCUAGAGAGCAAGUUUGAAGCCAGGGAACCCUGUUUGAGAGCACUGACCAGUAGAGGAAAUGAACUGGAGUCAAUUUCAUUCCGCAGUGAGGAUACCUCAGGACAACAGGGAAAUAAUGAUGAUCUUAUUUUGUCCUGUUGUCUCCACUAUUGCAAAGACAAAGCCAAGGACUUUAUGCCCACUCAGAAAGAUGAGCCAAUUCGACUACACAGAGAGGUUGUCUUACUGACAGAUGACCGAAACCUGAGAGUAAAGGCACUAACCCGUAAUGUGCCAGUCCGGGACAUCCCUGCUUUUCUCAAAUGGGCCAAAGUAGGCUGAAGAGUGGCCAAGCAAAAAACAGCAAUGUGAGGCAAAAUGCAAGAAACUAAAUUCCUGGGAAUGAAAUGCUCAAAACGGUGGCAGAAAGAAAGAGAUAGGGAGAGAAAAAUAAGGUUGUUGGUUUCUAGAAGUGGGUACCUGUCAUAGGGUUUUUUGCUGUGAUUCUCAGAUUAAAAGAGGGCUGAAUUGGACUACAGUUUGGAUCACAAGCAAAUAAUGAAGAUUUGUGGCCAGAAAUCCACACUGAUAUGUGGAUGCAGCCACUGGUCAGUGACCCAUAGAAAAGACAGCAGUUUAGGAAAAGAGUAUGCUGUGUUUCAUGGAGCUAAGGGAAGCAGCAGAUCAUAUCUUUUCAAGUUUUUGUUUCUUUGCUUUUUCCCUUUUUGGUGAAAAUAUCUGCCACGCCAUUAGCAGAAUACCUUUUAGAAUUUUUUUUUUUCAUUCUUAAAUACCUUUCACCUUCGUACAGCAUCAUGUGGUAGAGUGUUUAAUGAAAUUCGCAAAAGUCUUCUCUGUAACACAGUAAGUAAUUUAGGACUACAUGACUUGAGGCUAAAAUUAACAUUAGUGAUUAUAACUAAACUUGCAUUGUAUUGACAUCCAGAUGUGAAUGAUGGCAUGAUACUGCAGAGUAGAGGGAAAAAAUAAAUCAAGAGCCAAAAUCUGUUCAACUGAUAGUAAUGUUUAUAUACAGCAGAGGUGACAGGAUGGUUGAUGAAGUUAUUUGAUGAGCUGAGGAACUAAGGAAAAUCUUAAUUUUUUUUCAAGUGCAAAAUGAUAAUUUCAUUAUACAUAUGUGGGUUUCCUUUGAAAUUAUUUUUCUUCAGGAUAGAAACAAGUGUUCCAAGGGCAGCCUACUGUGUUCCACUACAGUAGGUUCAUCUGUAAUCGCUCAUAUUAAUUGUAACAUGCAUAUCUAAAGUAUUUUUCACCAUUAUAUGUAUAUUUACCUUGCCCCAUCAUGCCUAUUUUUACACCUUGGUAUCAUACCUUUCACUGAUUUAACCUCAUUAUCUUAGCUUUGCUUGGUAUUAUCCAGAAUUGUCCAUUUUGGCCUGUAUUGGAUGUUACUUUCCCCAUCCUGAAUUGAGCCUUUGUUGUAAUUACAUUGUAUUUCCUACCCACCUUCUAACUACUUUUCUUAAUUUCUGUCCCAACAUACCUACAACAUCUAUUUAGGCUUGUUUUUUAAGCACGUCAUUUCCAGAUUUUAUCUGCUUUAUUUACUGUGUCAGUCAGUUGUAUUAUGAUUUUUUUUUCUCUAUUUAAAUUUUUGCUAUUACACCAUUUCAAAAUAUCCGCACAACAUUUGGCCUGAGUUUCCUCAAAUGCUGAGCAAAAAAACUGCCAGUGAAUAACAGGUUUUUUUUGGCCCUGGCUAAACUGUUAGUGGCAGGCAUUUAUUAAACACUUGCUCAACCCAUCAACAGUGUUACAGGUUUAAUAUAUUGAAAACCUUUCAAGACAACAGAGUAAUGUCAGCAGGGUGUAUGUUUAUUUGAAGGAAAUUUUAAUGUAUUCUGGUUUUAUAAAACCCUUCUGGGAUAACCAGGUGUUUAAAUUAAUUUCAUUAGGUACCCACAAGCAACACAAUAGUUUUCUGUAAAAGCAAAAAAAGUUCAUUUUGCCUCCCUGAAAAAUAUAUAUGAGACUCUAAAAAUGCUGUGAUGGUCUCUUUUUUUGUAUGAUUUUGAUGGGCUGAUAUAGACCCUAAUAUAGGGGUUUUUUUCCACUGUUUCUGUUUAAGAAUAGUGAAGUACAAGCAUUUUCGUUUUUUAAUCAUUUGGAAUGAUUUUUCAGUUAAAGGUAAAGCGGCGACCAUUCCAGCCUCAGUUGCUUAUACUGUAUUGAGGUUUCAGCAGUAAAUGUGAUAUGCUCACAUCUCAACAGGAUUCUCAACUGAACCAUUUCUUACAUGGCUGCAAUAUUGUCAGUGUUCUUGGAGGUUAAGAAGUUGAUUUGCUAAUCCUGCUCUUAUAUUCCACAUGCCAAAUUGUGCUAGAACAUUAUUUUCUGCAGUUGCAUUAUUUGACAUUGGCAACCACUGAUGCAUAGUCUGUCAACUUGAGUAGCAACUGGUUUGUAUGUAGGUAUGUGACUUUUUCCAAACAUUCUUAAUGAUAUUCAACAUGUCUAGUUUUAAAACAUCUUCUUUGGAGACCUGCAUAUUCCUAGAUUUCUUCACACAAUAAGUAACAAUCACAUAGAAUGCCAAAGCUAAAAAUAUAAAAAUUAUAAUAAUUUAUUCUUUGACUAACUCUACUUGCCUUUGAACCAUGUGUCACGCAGGGGUUCAUUUUAUUCUUGGGGCAAAUCAGAUUAAUUGUACCCAAGACCUUUGGCAUUUACAAGUUUGCAUGAUGCCCAGUACUAGUAGUAAUGAGUCAAGAUACCUGGAGCUGACUUAGUCUGUACCCUAGGGUGUGUGGUCUCUUAAAGCAGGACAGCCUGGCUGGUAAUUCAAAAUGGGCUCAUCACUGACUGUCACUCAAGUAAGAAUGUAAAACAUUUAGCUAUAUUACCAACAGCAAUGCAUGCCAUUUGACUCUAGUGAAAUAUUUAAACCUUUGUGUCUAACUUUAAACAGUUAAGUCUUUGUCAGAAGAGAGGCAAACAUUUCUCAGUUUUCUAAAAAUCUUUGUUCCAAAGGAUCUUCAGUGAGCUUGGCUAUGUUUUCACUGGUAGAAGGUCUAAGCACUUCUGUAAUAUAAACAAGAGAUAAUCAAUAGUCAGGGGAAAUAUGCCUUGUUGCAGUUUCAUAUGCUCAAAGUUACAUGUUGGAACUGUGAACAGUACCAGAAGAUUGGUUUGAAAAAUAAAAGGAGGAGAGAAUGUUAUAUUGAACUUUCGAA